UGCGCCGGCCUGCCCCGCGACGCGCCAGCAGCUGGCGCAGCCCUUCGCUAGCCCGGCCUCCCCCUCCCUGGUUCUGCGCUCUGGUUCCGCCAUGGAAUCCAACAAGGAUGAAGCCGAGCGCUGUAUCAGCAUCGCCCUCAAGGCCAUCCAAAGUAACCAGCCCGAUCGUGCGCUCCGCUUCCUGGACAAGGCGCAGCGGCUGUACCCGACGCCGCGAGUUAGCGCUCUGAUUGAGUCUCUCAACCAGAAGCCACAGUCUGCUGGAGAACAAGCCCAUCCCACAGAUGGCACCCAUGCGACCCACAGGAAAGCAGGAGGGAGUGAUGCCCCCUCGGCCAAUGGCGAAGCAGGAGGAGGAGGAGGAGGAGGAGGAGGAGAGAGCACCAAAGGCUACACUGCAGAACAGGUGGCGGCUGUGAAAAGGGUCAAGCAGUGUAAGGAUUACUAUGAGAUACUGGGGGUGAGCAGAGGAGCUUCGGAUGAGGACCUGAAGAAGGCCUACCGAAAACUGGCCCUCAAAUUCCACCCAGACAAGAACCACGCACCCGGCACCACGGAAGCGUUCAAAGCUAUUGGCACGGCAUAUGCUGUGCUUAGCAACCCGGAGAAAAGGAAACAGUAUGACCAGUUUGGUGAUGACAAGGGCCAGGCUGCCCGACAUGGCCAUGGGCAUGGGGACUUCCACCGUGGCUUCGAGGCCGACAUCUCCCCUGAAGACCUCUUCAACAUGUUCUUUGGCGGUGGCUUUCCUUCUAGUAAUGUCCAUGUCUACAGCAAUGGCCGCAUGCGCUACACGUACCAGCAAAGGCAGGACCGCAGGGACAACCAGGGUGACGGCGGGCUAGGGGUGUUUGUCCAGCUGAUGCCCAUCCUCAUCCUGAUCCUCGUGUCAGCUCUCAGCCAGCUCAUGGUCUCCAGUCCGCCGUACAGUCUGAGCCCGAGACCCUCGGUGGGCCACAUCCACAGGCGAGUCACUGACCACCUGAGUGUUAUCUACUACGUGGCAGACAGCUUCUCGGAAGAGUACACGGGCUCCAGCCUCAAGACGGUUGAGCGGAAUGUGGAAGACGACUACAUCGCCAACCUCCGAAACAACUGCUGGAAGGAAAAGCAGCAGAAGGAAGGCUUACUAUACCGGGCCCGCUACUUCGGUGACACAGAUAUGUACCACAGAGCACAGAAGAUGGGCACUCCGAGCUGCAGCCGGCUGUCAGAGGUGCAGGCCUCCCUGCAUGGAUAGUCCUGGGCCAUCCACGUCAGCCAGGUCCAAACUAUGAAAUCCCUGGAGAAUUUCUGGUGACACUCACUGAGCCAAGGUGACGGACUGUAUAUUUAAGGAAAGACAUACAAAGACAAAUUAAAAUGGAAUUGGAGGCCGAACACCGCACAACUGCCCUCUCUCUCACCCAGUAAAUGCAGAAAGCUCUUAGGACAGACAGAAAACCUGCCAUGGGGCUGCUUCCCUCCCUUCCGGGCUGGUGGAGGUUCUGCAUCACCUGCUCCUAGGAUACAGAAACCAUGGCAACGAAAGUAGAAUGUAAAACUUGUGGUGAAUGCCUGGGGGAAGGGCCAGGGGAGGAGCCGCCCAGCUGCCACACCUCCCCCCGGGACCCCCACCCGUCUCCUGCAAGAGGAGCCAGGCAGGGGGCUGGUACAGAGUAGGGAGGAGGAAGAAUCCACAGAAUGUAACUUCAAGAUGAGUGCGAUGUAUAUAUAUCUAUUUAUAUGUAAAUAGGCAUAUAUAAAGAUAUAUAUAUAUAGUCUACUUUUUAAACUAUGCAGCGAUUGGGUUAAAUUGUUCAGCUGAUUGCUUCUGUGUUACAGAAUGAGGCCUGUUUGGAGAAGGCAGCCUGGUCCUUCCAAAGCUAGACAUUAGCCAUAGCAGACAGCUUAACAAAAGGCAGGUCUUAGGCUUUAUGUCCCCUUUCCCCCCAGCGCCACAUUGUCUCAGAUGGCAGCAGUAAUUAUGAGGUGUAAAUCUAUAGUAAACUUCAUAGCUUGCCAGGGUUACAGUUUAGCUGCAGAAGAAGCAGGCCAUAGUGCAAGAAAGAUGGCCCAGGGGCAGGUACCAGCUCAAUAUGGAGCCAUGGUCCUGGGGUGAGGCUACCCUUACCAGCUACUUCCCCUGUGGUCAGUUCUCUGUCCUAGACCCAAGAGCCUUUGAGUCAGCACCUUUCAAGGUUUAGAGAGGGGCCAGGUUCUACCUAAUGCUUUCCUACCUAAGUUCCCACAUGGGUUUUGCCUUAGAGGCAUCACAGGGCACAGCUCCAUCAAUGCCGCUGGUUUUCAUCUCCUUUUUUUGUUUUUGGUACUGGGGAUUGAACUCAUGACCUCAUGCUUGCCAGGCAGGCACUGUGCCACUGAGCCAUAUUCCUUGCUCGAUGCCACUGGUUUUCCUAAGUUGCAUACCAAUGACUCCAAAAGGUUCUUCCUCCCAGAAUCAGCCCAGGACCUGCAGGGCAGCAGCUUGACCAGUGAAGGAAAGUCCAUGCCUGAGGUGCCUGCGUCAUUACCCACAGUAGAUGUCACCACCAAACCUUCUCGCAUGGUGGACGAAGGAUGUAUCUGAACCAGGACAGUUUUUUACCCUCCCCUUCAAAUGAGGAUUUUUCUCAAAGCAGCAGUUGCUACCAGGGGUAGGGAGAAGUUUUAUUUAUUCCCCCAUUUAUACUGGGCCUUUUGAGGUUUUUUGGUUUUUUUGUACCGGGAAUUGAACUCAGGGCCUUGUGCCUACCAGACAGGCACUGAGCUACAUCCCGGGCCUUUUGGAUUGCCAUUUUUCCAGAGUUUCUUCCAUGGCGGUGGGUGUGGUAUGGAGCCUGCUGUUUCCAAAGCCUUAUUCCCCAAGCUGCCAGCCACUGGCUGGUAACAGUCCUCCCAGCGUUUCUCUUGGCUCUUUUUUAAAAAGCUCCUCCCCCUCCCUAUAGGAAUCUUGCUGGGAAAAGAAAUUUGGUGAGGAAACGCUGACCCUGGUUUUUAAACAAGGUCACACCCUGCAAUGAAGUGGCCACCCUGGCCCAAGAGAGCCUACAAACGACAUAGACCAAAGCACCACACCCGCAGGGGCCCUGGCACUCUACCGUGGCACCCUGACUGCCUAGUCCCUAGAUGGGCUGAGCUGUGUGCAGUAAGAACGGGGUCCCCUAAGAAGCUGUAUUUCUUGAAUUUGACUUCUGAAAUUGUACAUCUAUAAAUAUAUGUUUAUUAUGUGA